AUGCAGAGAAAUCUCGGGGCCCAGCAGGUAGAGAAUUGGAGGACGAACGGCGACAUCAGUGACCAUGCCGCUCGUAGACAAGAUCCAGUGAACAUUGAGCUGGACGUCGUCAUUGUUGGUGCUGGGCUCUCUGGCAUCUACCUACUGCACCUCCUUUCGAAAGGAAGGCUUGAAUGUCAAAAUCGUCGAAGCUGGCCACGGCCUGGGUGGCGUUUGGCACUGGAACUGUUAUCCGGCAAAGAUGUGAUUUAUGGCGAAACCAUUACCAAGGCCACGUUUGAUGAAUCGACAAACAAGUGGACUGUCGAGUCAGACAACAAGAGCACUUUUACUGCCCGUUUCUUCUGCAGUUGUAUCGGCUUCGCGUCAAAACGCCUCUUUCCUGACUGGCCAGGCCUCGAAGAUGAUUACAAAGGCCAAGUUCUCCACGCGAGUUUUUGGCCCGACAGAGGAAUCGACCUCCGUGGCAAGAAAGUCGCCGUCGCCGGUACGGGCGCAACAGGCAUCCAGCUCGCGCAGGAGAUUGCCCGCGAGGCUGGAAAACUCACCUGUUUCGUGCGCACCCCAAACCUCACCUGGCCCAUGCGCCUCGAGCGCAUCGACCCGGAGCAAGCGCAAAAGGACAAGGGAUCACUCCCGUACCUGCUGGGAGAAAAAAGGUACACCACCAUUGCCGGCUUCCUCUAUGACGAUACCACUCGCAGGGUCUUCGACGACACAUCCGAAGAGCGCGAGGCGCGUCUCGAACAAGAGUACCGGGAUGGCGGUUACCGGAUAUUCUUCUCCGCGUACUUUGAUAUUUUGUUGGACCAAGCGGCUAAUGACGAAAUUUACAAUUUCUGGCGACGCAAGGUCCACGCGCGUAUGACAGAUUCGCAAAAGGCAGAGAUCCUCGCGCCCCUCAAGGCGCCUCAUCCGUUCGGGGGCAAGCGUCCCUCGCUCGAGCAAGAUUACUACGAGCAGAUGGAUAAACCACAUGUCACGCUCGUAGACGUGAAGAGUACCCCCGUCACGCAUCUAGUCUCCAACGGCAUUGUAACCACGGAUGGAGCCGUGCAUGAAGCGGACGUCCUGAUUUUGGCGACGGGCUACGAUGCCGUCACAGGGGGAUUCAAAGACAUGGCGAUCACAGGGCUGAAUGGGCUCACGCUCGCGGAAAAAUGGAGCGAUGGGACCCAAGCGUAUCUAGGUUUGACCAUCUCUGGAUUUCCCAAUUUUUUCUAUGCCUACGGCCCAUUUGCUCCCACGGCGUAUUCUGCCGGGCCUGCCGCUAUCGAGUCCCAGGCGGACUGGAUCCUGGAGGUCAUGAGGAAGAUGAGAGCGGAGGGGGCGACGCGGAUCGAUGCCACACAGGAGGCGGAAAGGGAGUGGAGGGAAAAGGUGCUGGCUAUUCACGCCAUGACCUUGAGGGAGAAUGUUGAAGGAAGUUGGUAUCUUGGAUUAAACGUGCCAGGUAAAAAGCGCGAGCCACUGAACUAUGCAGGCGGGCUUUCAAUGUAUAGGAAAGAGAUCCAGGAUGCUAUUGCUCCGGAUUGGAAAGGAUUCGUCGUGAGCUAG